ACAAGAAGUAAAUAAAAAAUCUACUCGACAAGAUAUUUUAUAAAUUUAUUUAUAUUGUAUUUGUUAUAUAUAAUAAUAUAGAAGUAAAAUAAUAUGCCGUUAGUAAAAAAGCCUAUGCGUUAUGCUCAUCCAGAAGGACAUACAGAUGUUUGUUAUUAUACUGGAGAAGAGGGAGGUCUUAUUACUUGUGGUUCGGAUGGAGAUGUUAGAUCAUGGUUGAAUUUAAUGGAUGAUGAUCCAACAGCAAGUUGUAUUGCAGAACAAGCAAUAGCAUUGAUAUCAAAGAAAGGCAAAAUAUAUGUAGGUAACGAUAACAAUACUGUUCAAAUACUCACUCAUCCAGAUCUCGAAAAAGAAGGAAUAGUUACGAGAUUCGCUGCACCAGUAUGUGCUUUAGCUACUACAACAAAUAGUAAUUAUAUUGUAUCGGGUGGAUGUGAUAUGAGAAUACAAAUUACCAAUAUCAAUACAUCGCAUAGUAUAGAACUGGAAGGACAUGAAGCCCCUAUAUUAGGUUUAUCUUUGGAUCCGAAGGAAGAAUUUGUUGCUUCUUCUAGCGCUGAUGGUUCUAUUAGGAUUUGGGACAUUAAGGAAAAAUGUACCGUUAAUAUUUGGAAUAAUGUUGUACCUAAGUGUAAUUCAUUUUUUACUGCAAAGACUUAUUGUACGCCUAGUUUUCAUUGUAAAGAUGGAAGUUGCCUUGCGUAUCCACAUAAUAAAGAUAUAAUUAUUGUAGAAAGAUUAACUUGGAAGGAAUCAUAUAAAUUACAAUGUCCUACUUUAAAAGCUGAAUUUAGUAUUUGCAAAUUUUCUGACUGUGGCACAAGAUUAGCUGCCAGUACAGUAUAUGGAGAAAUUGUUGCAUGGAAUAUGGAAAAUAUGGCAUUGAUAGGAAAUAUUGAACAUCCACAAAAUACUAAAAUUACUGCAAUCGUGUGGAAACAUAAUGCAUCAGACGAAAUAGCAUUCUGUGAUUUUUCAGGCCAGUUAGGUUGCAUCGAUGUGAUAGUUGAUAACCAAUCAGAAGAUCUUCAAAGUAAUGGACUUUCAAUGAAUAAUGAAGUUCGUGAAACUACAGAAAUUCCAUUGAAUUACAUUAAUGAUGACGAUGAUGAUGAUGGAGAUAAUGUAAUAAGUUUAAAUAAAAUAAAAGCAUCUGUAGGAUAUGAAAACGAUGAAAAGUCUGAUAUUAUAUUAGAGAAAGAUACAGCGCAUGAUGUUAAAAAUUUUAUGCCAGAAAUACGAAUACAACCACCUUUUCAACCAGGAUCUUCACCUAUUCAUUUAUUAUCACGAUUUAUGGUGUGGAAUCAUGUAGGCAUAGUAAAGUGUUUUAAUUCAGAAGAUGGAGAAGAAUCUAGUAUUGAAGUAGAAUUUCAUGAUAUUACAAUUCACCGCAGCAUGCAUAUAAAUAAUUAUUUGAAUCAUACUAUUGCCGCUUUAUCAUCUAAUGCUCUUGUGUUAAAUUGUCCUUCAAUUGAAGAUACAGCAAGCAAACUUGUCGUAGUAGUAUUGCAAGGCUGGGGUUCUGGAAAUAAAGAAUGGUCAAUAGAUCUUCCGGAAGGAGAAGAUGGACAAUGCGUUGCUGCUGGUGACAAUUUUGUAGCAAUUGCCACUUCUAGAAGAUACUUGAGAAUCUUUAUGAUAGGUGGAACACAACGUGAAGUUAUAGCUUUGCCUGGUCCUGUUGUCACAAUGAAUGCAUUUAACAAUCAUCUUGUCGUUGCUUAUCAUGAUGGACUAGGAGUAACUGGAGAUCAACAUAUGAGUUUACUUUGCAUACAAAUUUUUGGAACACGUUUGAGAAAUCAAAAAUUAAGUAUUCCUCUUUGCCCCUCAUCAGAUCUUAUAUGGUUAGGAUUAUCCGAUUUUGGAUCUCCAGUUAUAACGGAUUCAGAAGAUAUUAUAAAAAUAUAUGAUAAAAAAUCAUCUUUAUGGAGAGUUAUAUGUGAUAUGGAUAGAAAGGGCAAAGGUAAAGCCGAUCAUUAUUUUAUAAUUGAAGUAAGUGAAGAGCGUAAAUCUGUUAGCUGUGUAUUAUGUAAAGGAAGUUAUUAUCCAAUAACUACUCCACGGCCAGUUGUUACCGAAAUAUCUUUAACAAUUCCUCUUUGUGAACCUGAUUCGGAAAAAACAGAAAAGGAAACUAAAUUGUGGCAAUUAGGAAGUCAACCAUCAGAUGAAAACGAAGCAGUACUAUUUCUUAUUGCAUUGGCUUGUCGAAGUAACGUUGAAUAUCGAGCAGUCGAAUUAUGUGAACAAAUAGCAUCACAAAAGGUAUUAGAUUUGGCGAUAAAAUAUGCAGCACGUAUUAAUCGUACUGCGUUAAUGAAAAAAUUGGAAUCCAUUGCUGAUAUUAAAGAAAAGCAAGAAGAAGAAGAAAAAGAAGAAAAAGAAAAUAAUGAUCAAAAUGGUACAAAAAAUGGUGAUGAGAUAAUCGAAGAUACAGAGGAAUUAUUUUUAACCCCGGUGGUAAAUAAAAAAUCUGAUAUAGAAAUAAGGCCAUUAUCAAUGACUGAAACUUUAUCAAUGAGAAGAUCUAAUCCCUUUUUGAAAACUACUACUUCAACAUCAACGGGUUUAAUUGGUCUCAAUACUGCACAAGAAAAGCCUCAAAGAUCAGUAGUAGAAAAAAUUACACCUUCUCCUAAAUUCAAAUCAAAAAAUGAAGUAAAAAAAGAAACGUUUGUUGCCUGGUACGCAAAACAGAAGAAACAUUUACAAGAAGAAUUUCCCGAUUAUAAACCUGCUGAAUUAACAAAAAUAGCUUUAUCGAGAUACAAAGAAAUCUCUAAAACACAAGAUAAAGAGGAACCAUCCGAAAAAAAGAAACGGAAAUUGUCAAAUCAUAUUCCACUGGACGUUAUUCAAGAUGCAAUGGGUAUUAUGGGUCCUUGGCAUAUUGUUAUUGCUAUUGCACUUUCUCUUGUCAAAUUCCCAGUUGCUUGGCAUCAACUCUCAAUUGUAUUUUUAGCACCCCCGACUAAUUUUUCUUGCAUAUCACCAGAAUCCUCAACUAAUGAAUCCAUGGUAAUGAAAUGUUAUGUUAAUCUUGAUAACGGUACCAUGGAAAAAUGUAAUAAAUUUAGAUACGAUAGAAGAAUCUUUCGAGAAAGUAUUAUAACGGAGUGGGAUUUAGUUUGUGAUAGAGAACAAUUAGCGAAUGUUGUACAAUCGUGCACAAUGUUUGGCGUACUACUUGGUAAUUUUGUAUUCAGCUCGAUGGCCGAUAGAAUCGGUCGUAAAAAGCCAUUAAUGAUUGCAUUAGCCUUGCAAUCGGUAACAGGUGUUAUUAGCUCUUAUGCUGUGUGGUUCGAAUUAUUUCUAAUUUUUAAAUUUUUGUCCGCAAUAGCUACGGGUGGAACUAUGUUAAUUAGUUUUGUUUUAUUGAUGGAAAUUGUAGGAAUCGAAUGGCGAUCGGCAAUGUCUAUCCUCUUUCAUGUACCGUUUAUAAUUGGUCAUUUAACUACUCCUCUUGUAUCUUAUUUAACACACACGUGGCAUAAAUUUCAAUUGGCUAUUUCAAUACCAGCAAUUUGUUUAUUAUCUUACUAUUGGAUAAUUCCAGAAUCACCUAGAUGGUUACUCGCUACCGGUAAACCGGCGGAAGCUGAGAUUAUUUUAUUAAAAGCUGCCAGACGGAAUAAGAUUCCAUUAGAAAAUGUUAAUAGAGCGAUAGAUGCGCACGAAAGUCAAAAACUGUCUCGGAAAAUAGAUAAAACUAAUUACAAUUUCACACAUUUGUUUAGAACGCCUAAUAUGAGAUUUAAAAGUAUUUGUGUAUUUAUUAAUUGGUUCUUUUGUGGUAUUUGUUUUUUUGGAUUAGCACAGUAUAUGGGUCAUAUCGAUGGAAAUAUAUUUAUUAAUGUUGCUAUCUCAGCUGCUGUUGAGUUACCAGGUACCAUUAUAGUUCUGUUCUUGAUAUCACGAGUGUCACGUUUAAAAAUAUUGAUGGGAGCCAAUUUGUUGACUGGUUUAAGUUUACUUUUAAUUGUAAUAAUAAACAAUCCAAAUGCUACACUUUAUCUAGCAAGUUUGGGAAUCGCUGGAACCGGUGUCAGUUUUCCAACCAUAUAUUUAUAUAGCAGUGAAAUAUUUCCUACUGUUGUUAGAAAUAAUGGGAUUGGUAUAGGCAGUGUAUGUGCUAGAUUUGGAAGCAUGAUAGCACCUUAUAUUGCUACUCUGGGAAAAAUUCAAUUUUGGUUGCCUCCUGUUAUAUUUGGAUUAGGACAAUUAAUUGGGGCUGGUCUCUGCCUUUUAUUACCAGAAACAAUAAAUUGUGAAUUACCCGAGACCAUCGAGGAUGGUGAAAAUUUUAGAAAGCAAACUUCUGCUCAAAGUACAUCUUCAGCACAUAACAAUACUUGAAGAUUGAUUUAAUUGUGCAGUUAAGUACAUUCACAAUGAAUAUUUUAAACAAAUAGAGUGGGUUCGUUAGAAAAGUA